CUCCGCCCCGCCAGGGGCGAGGGUUUAAAUGGAGGGAAGGAGGCGGCCCCGGCUUCAGCGGCUGCGAAGCGCGCGAGGGGCGGGGGAGUGGCGAGGGUACAGCCAUGACCCUGCGGGCGAGGGGCGCUCGGCUGCUCGGCGGACUCCUGCUCUUCGCUCUGCUCGCUGCGGGCGCCGCGCCGCUGAGCUGGGAUCCCCCAGAGCCCCGCAGCCGGGCCAGCAAGAUCCGAGUGCACCCGCGGGGCAACCUCUGGGCCACCGGUCACUUCAUGGGCAAGAAGAGUCUGGAAACCCCCAGCCCAUUCCUCUUGGGGACAGCUCCCCACAUCUCUCUGAGGGACCAGAGACUGCAGCUGAGUCAUGAUCUGCCCAGGAUCCUCCUGCUCAAGAAAGUUCUGGGCAUGAGCCUUAGCGGCCCAGCACCUCACCCCCAGGUGAGCCAAGCUCCUACCUCAGGCCAAGGAGAGGCCCAGCCAGGGCUGCUGCUGGUUCCAGCAUUGGGCAUCGGGUGUGAGAGCACCCCGCCCCCGAGGUGUGAUGGGCCCCAGAAAGCCAGGGAUUUCAGGCUUUCCUUGUGAUCCAGAGUCAAAAGGAGAAGACUUCAAAGAAAGGAGGCCGCUGGUGCAGAUGCUGCAGAAGGGAUGCCCCUAAUGAGGAAGAGACGCCGCCGUGACUUAGACUGCGCCCACCCAGGGAAGGUGCUGAGCGGGACCCUGGCGGUGGCCCCAUC